AUGACAGCUAACAAAAUCUCCACAUGUAAACUACAAGUGACUGGAUCUUUAUUGGAUGACCUGAAGGCUAUCAUGUGUUUUGGUGACUGUUUGGAAAGGUUCAAUACACUCCUGCUGCAGACAGGAAGGGGAAUAGAGGAAGUAGUUCCUAGCUCUAACCCUGCCUCUCAGUGCAGUAUUGGUACUGCAGAAGCCCUAUGUCUCUUAAAAGAAGUUGAAAGCAGAGCAGUCAGGUCAUCUUGGGAAGAGAGUUUUAGUCCAUGCACACCAGAUGCAUUGCAAAACUGCUUCAGCCGAGAUGAUCUCACUCUGCGAGAGGAAGUGAUAUUCUCUGACCAUUUGCGGUUCAAAAGCCACCUGCCUCCAUUUCAAACAAUGCUACAGAGGCUGAAAAUCAUGACUGUGUCAGAUCCUCUUCUCAGUGCAUCUGUGACACUCUCAGAUGCUAUUUUUAGACAAUGUGCCUCAUACGAUGCAGUUUUAGACAAAGUAACUGAUGCUGCAGUUACUGGAGGAAAUGUUACAGAGGAGUUCAAAAAAGAGACAGUACUGAAUGAGGAGUCACUGAUGUUACUUGUAGAAGUCCAUUUGGACUCCCUUCAAAGGCAAGAGCCCAGUUUUUCCUUUGCAAAAAUGCAAGAUUUUCUAAAUUUCACUUCAGAACAAAUGGAAGAGAAAAGCUUCUUAACAGAUCUUCACAGGGAAGUCACCUCUGCUGAUAAACACAAAACUGAGUUGGAGGUCCUGCAAAUGCCAGAAAGCAACUUUGCAAACAGCACCUUUAAGGAGCCAAAAUCUCCAGUCGCUUUGAGGUCUUAUGCUGAAAUGGAAUUAGACCUUCCUCUUUCACCAUGUCAUAAUACACCAUAUCUGCCAGACCUGUUUCUGUCUAAAGGACAGCUGUCAGCUGAGAAGCGGUCACCGGUAUAUAAGCAACGUUUCAUGUCAGACAGUGAAUGUGAAAAUAUGGAAAAAGCAGUUUGGAUGGCAGAGAAACACCCCCAGUGUGUGGCUGGAUUUUUACUUGCUGAACCAAAGAUGGCUAAACCUUCGGUCCACAAUCAGUCGCUCCCAGAGCUUCUCGCACUGCUGAGGGUGGAGAUAGAAGAGACUGUAGAACCCAAAGAGAAUAUGGACCAGUUUCAUCUCACUGACAGUAGUACAGUGACUCCUCCUGAGAACAUGUUCAGAGAACUCUCCAUCUGUGAAAUCUGUGAUCAUGAGAAAAUGUCUAUAGAAGCAUGCAAGAUAGCCAUGAGAGAGCCACACAAGGGCGAAGUAUUUUUACCACUUUCCAUUGUUCAAAUAGAUGAGUUGCUGAGUGAGUUUGCUGUUAAUGCUGCCUCACCACCUCCAGGCCAUCCCACUGCAGUUCACCCUGCCCAGAGUAACCCUCUACAGAUAGCAGUACCUGCCCAGGUGGAGGGAUGGCAGACUGUGAAGUAUAUUAUAAUGGAGCAAAAGUCUCAACAAUUAGACGUUUCUACAAUGAAAGAAACUGGUGAAAUAGACUGUAAAGCAGUACAGAUACAGAAACACAUCUGCACUCCAUUUUCUCUCCAUCCGACAACACCAGAAAGAUGUCCUAUGAGUCAGACAAAUAAUUCAGAGACUACAUGUCCUUCUGGAGAGCAACCCAACUUUUCUGUAGCGGUUCAGUUGUCGAAGUCAUCUCCAUUGAAGCGCAAUGUCAAAGAUAUGGAAGUGAUAUCCACUACAUACAAACGUCCUGAGCAGCCUGAUCAGAAAAGGAAAAGGACAAUGUAUAAAUCCUCAACAUUAUCCAAUUGUUUAAGAAGCAUACAGGAGACCGAUGAGAGCCUGGACCCUUUGUCUUUUUUCCUUACCUUAAGAACUUUGCAGAAAAGUCCAAUACAAAAACCUCAACAGAGCAGUCUAAAAUCUGCAGAAUUGAACGUAAGACAGAAUUCUACAGGACAAACCUUGCCUGCCUUCAGAGUAAAUGAAGUAAAUCAGGUCUCAGAUACCGGAAAGAAUGUUACUGCCACUGAGACAAGCUUUCUCCAUGAAGAGAGACCCAUCAACAAGAACAUAAACAUCCAAGCCACAGAGAGUCAGAAAGAGGCAUACAGGGAGCUUCAUGCGUUGGCUGUGCCUUCUAUGAGCAAGAUGCAAGAGUCGGGCCUUGCUGCUUUGAGCAACAGAGAUUUCAGCAGUCUCUCUACUGAACUCACAGGAUUUCUUCUAAAGCAGCAAGAGAGAAAACUCUGCACAGAACAAGGUGGGGACAGCACAUUUAAUGAGAUGGCACUGCUGCAUAUUCUGGUCACGCUAAAGGAACUUCUGUUCACAUGUGACCUUAACACAGCCACUGAUUACCUGGCUCAGGCUAAGGACUCCUGUGGUCUGAGCUGUUUAAAUGAACUUUUGAGGAAGUUUGAGGUGUUGCAGUAUCUGUGUCAGAAGAGGCAGGAGCCUGACCCUAAACUACUGGAGCUCCAGGAACAAAUCAACACAUGGAUGAACUCCCACACAAACCACAACACUAGAGUUCUAGUUUUGACAGUGAACACAGACCUUCUCGCAGCCUUCAGCCAGAUAUCAGGAAACUUUGUAUCUAAAGUUGUCCCCAAUGAAGGAAAAAGUACAGUAGAGAGAAGAGAAGUAAUGAACAGCUUGUCCUGUAGUAGUUUUAUUGUCGUGUGCAGUCAGCAUGUUGGUUCUGACUUCCCAUGGCAGAGUUUCAGUGUGGUGUUUGAGCUUCACUGUAUGGGUCACUCGCCCUUCAGCAGUGUGUGUGCGGAGAGAAACGUCAACUAUUUCUCCUUCUCCACAGCAGUGCCCGAGUCCAAGGAAUCCACCGCUGCAUCAUAUCUGAACACAAUUCCGUUUGUGUUGUUCAUCACUGAUGGUUUACUGAAACGCUCUGAGAUUCAGCAUACUCUAGAGACAACGUAUGACAUGACUCUAUUGGAGAGGGAACACUCGCCGACUGCACAGAAACUGGGAAGGUCCCAUCAGUAUGAUGUCAUCACUGUGGAUGAGAACACUGCUGUGCUCAUCCAGGCGCUGAGUGAGUUGGAGUUGGACAGAGCAUCUGAACAUGUUUUCAUGAGACUCUAUGCUCUCUCUCUGCAGUACAACCGCUGUUGGGUCAUUCUGCACUGCACCGGGAGCUACAGUGCACUGUUUUCCAACAGCAUCCAUAUCAAUCUGAUUUUCAUCUACUCUACAUUUGUGCUGUUUGGACACAAGUCUGAGAAAUUUGAUGUGAAGGUGUUAUGGGCAUGUGAAGAAAAAGACAUUGCCAGGUACAUCUAUCAGAUUUCCCUACACACGCUGAUGAAUUCAGACAGAGAUGGGAAGAGCUGGUUGGAUAGAGACUGGCUCAGUUUGCAGCCCACAGAGGUGAAUGAAAAGAAAAGGACUGUAGGAAAUUACUUGUAACUGAAAAAUUGUCAUAAUCACUCAUGGAAAGUAAUUGUAUGAGAAUAAACUAAUUUCA